AUGCACACUUUGAGCCCCAACUCCACCAAGCCACCUCGAGAGAAGACAAACGGACGACUGACCGGCCCUUCACGUAUGCAGAUUGCCCGAAGAUUGCAGGGUCGUUUGGCUCUAGCACACUUCAAGACCAAGCACGGCUGGGAGGACCUGACCCUCGACACCAUCGAACCCAAAUAUGCAGAAGUCCAGAAGACCCGCCUGCCCGACGGAGAUGUCCUGUCCGACUCGUCCUCCAGCACAUCAGAGCUGCCAUACCCCACGAGGGGCCUCAUGAGCUCGCCACUCAAGGCACCGCUGUUUUCGGACGCCAUCGGCUCGAGCAACGGCAGCACAGGCCAUCGCAAGCGCACCUACAUGGCAUCAUUCGACAUGGCCAUGUCGAGUCCAACCAAACGCUACCGUUCUUCGCCGACGGCUCACAGAUCCUUCAAUGGACACACUUCUCUCAAGGCACAACGCCAACUGAUACAGUCCUCGCCCAUAAAGCCCCGCAGGCAACAGCAUUUUACCACUUCUACGGGCCCCGAUGUCUCCUUCUUCCAGGGGACCCGCCGGGUGUCGGUGGACCUGGCCUCGCCCAACUUCGCCGCUCCCCCCUCGGACGACGAGGACGACCUCCUGCCGACGCAUUCUUUCCAAGUCAACCACAGCCGGUCGUCGCCGCCCAGCACGCCGCCGAUGCGCAACCGACCGGUGAACCGCCGAAGCAAGGGGAAGACCGAUGAUAGCAAGGAGGAGGGUGCAGACUUGCUGCUCUAUCUAGCGGCGUCCCCUUCGCCGGCGGUUCGGUCUUCCAAGACCAUGAUGGAACCGCCAUCUACACCGCCGCCCAAGAGGGAUCUCGCCCUCCCCUCGUCCAUGAUGACCACCCCAGGAGGGGGAAGCAACCUAUUGUUCCCAGCCACCCCGGGACAGCCCUUUGAUUUCUCCGACUUUGUCAAUAUCACGCCGAGCCCGGCCCAAAAGCCAUGGAAGACACCGGUGGCCCUCACAACAGCCAAGACACCGCUUACUGUGGCAAGGAGACGACUCACGUUCGAGGAACCAUACCAUGGAUUGGUAUGA